ACAGACAGACAGACAGACAGGAGUGUGAGUUCAAAGGGAAACAACAAGCAGUGGGGACAUGUCAGUGUCUCUGUCGCGCUGUCUCUGCAGGGUUUUAACCCGACACACCAACUCCUCCUGCUCGUCCAGCUUCCUGUUGGGAGAACAUCAGCAUGCUGCACAGAGUCCUUGGUCUGCAGCAGUGAUGACACUGAAGACAUCUGCUCCCCUCAGAGCGGUGCCCAAAAAGAAGAAGAAAGUAGACCCAAAAAGGGAUCAGCUGGCAAAGGACAGGCUGAAAAAAAAGGUGAAGAAGCUGGAGAAGAUUCCACCGGAGCUCAUCCCGAUAGAGGACUUCGUUCACACCAAAUACGUGGACGAAACAAGGCAGCGCUUUCUACCAAGGCUGUCAUUUGAAGAAAGCGAGCGUCGAGCUAGGCUGCUGAAGGACUGGUCUCGAUACAAACAGGAGCAGCAUAUGGCCGAAAUGAAGGCUGUAAAACUUGCUCUAGAAGCCCAGGAGGAGGCGCUGCAGGAGCUGAAGUUAGAGUCUGAGGAGCUGUACCAGGCAGCGCUGAAGCCAGACCCCCUUCUGUUUCCUUUCACUCGUGAAGGUCUUGCCUAUACACCGCCAAAGGCCACGUAUUACGCUCCUGAUGGGAAAUACAACAACAUCACUAAGGUUUACACACAGUGAUGGACAGGGAACGGCUGUGGGUGAAGCCUGUGUGUAUUGUCAUUUAUUUUUGUGUCUUUGUUUGUGCGUGGUUCUUUAAAACAGCCUGCAUGUGUAGGUGUGAAGGACACUCUGCAUAUGUUUUUCCUUUUGUGAAUUGUACUGUCACCUCAUUGUUUCAUUUCUUUAUCAAAUGGAACAGCAUUCAUGGAAAUUAUGCAGUGAAUUGUUUUUGUCACAUCUUUGUAUAAAACAUAACAGGUGAACAUGGAUAAUAAAAAUGCUUUUAUAUUGAA